CACAGCCAUUGGCCAUCUCUAGUUCCCUCUACAGCAAAAAAAAGAAUUUUAACAUUGUAUAUAUUGGCACGACACAAUUCGGAAGCAUUUUGCUCUUGACAAUAACUAAUGUCCCAUGAACCAAAUGUAAAAUGAUCGGCGCGCUACUGGACAUAUUCUGGAUCCCCAUCGGGGGUUUCCUCUCAUUUCUGAUAUUUAUUUCCGCCAUAAACAAAUCAAUCGGCGUCCGAAAAGCGUAUGUGAACCUUCUCCUAAGGAUAUUCGAGUACGGUCGAGUCAGUAUAGAGACAGCAUCCAAAGAAAACCAACAAUUUUCCGUUCAAAAUCCCAAGACUGACGACAAACAGGGAGUGCAACUAGUGGACGACGCCGAUUCCAAAGAAGGCACCAAUGGAGCCACCUUGAUCACCAGGGAUGCAGUUUUGCUGCCCCAGGCGCAGGAGCCUGCGCCCGAGAAACCAAUUUCCUCCCAGAAGGAUGAAAUCAAUUUUGAUUUCGAAAAGUGUCUGGACUACGUCAAGUCAGGCGUGGAAGCCAUUAUCGAAGACGAUGUAACAUCGCGUUUUGAGGCUGAGGAGCUCAAGAGCUGGAACAUGCUCACACGCACCAAUAGGCACUAUGAAUUUAUUUCCUGGAAAAUAACUUCCAUCUGGGUGUUUGGCUUUUUCAUCCGAUACGUAAUCCUAAUGCCACUCCGAGUACUGGUCUGCUUCGUUGGUGUUUUAUUUGCAGUUUUAUCAAACUCGAUUGUGGCUUGUUUACCCUUUCGAUUUGUACGGCUUUCUCUAGCGAGCUUGUCAUUCAAAAUUACGUUCCGCCUUAUUUCAAGUUCUAUGUCCUCCUUUAUCAAGUUCCACAAUAAACAAUAUAAGCCCACCAUUUCUGGGUUCUGUGUAGCCAACCACACCUCUCCCUUGGAUGUGGCUAUAUUAUCAACCGAUUGUACCUAUUCUUUGGUAGUGUGGUUAACAGUUUGCACGGCUGCAGUGGGAUAUUUAAAGGAUGGGCCCUUCAAGCGCGAUCUCGUGCACAAGGUGCUCGGCAUGUGCUUCGGUGUUUUGUCCAGCGCAAUAUCGGCGGUUAUAACCUACCACAAUGAGGAUAAUCGCCCGUCAUCUGGUAUUUGUGUUGCCAAUCAUACCAGCCCCAUAGAUGUGCUGGUCCUGAUGUGUGACUCGACCUAUUCCCUGAUUGGUCAACGCCAUGGAGGCUUCUUGGGGGUUUUGCAAAGAGCUCUGGCCAGAGCAUCCCCUCACAUUUGGUUUGAACGUGGCGAGGCCAAGGAUCGGCAUUUAGUGGCUGAGCGACUGAAGCAGCACGUUUCUGAUCCAAACAACCCACCGAUUCUCAUCUUCCCCGAGGGAACUUGCAUCAACAACACCUCGGUAAUGCAAUUUAAGAAGGGAAGCUUCGAAGUUGGCGGCGUCAUCUAUCCGGUGGCCAUUAAGUACGAUCCGAGAUUUGGCGAUGCCUUCUGGAACAGCGCGAAGUACUCGAUGAUGCAGUAUCUGUACAUGAUGAUGACCUCGUGGGCCAUUGUGUGCGAUGUGUGGUACCUGCCUCCAAUGUACAGGCAGGAUGGAGAGACGGCGAUCGACUUUGCGAACCGGGUGAAGAGCGUUAUCGCCAAGCAGGGAGGCUUGAUUGAUCUCGUCUGGGACGGGCAAUUGAAGCGGAUGAAGCCAAAGAAAGAGUGGAGGGAGAUCCAGCAAGUUGAGUUCGCCAAUCGAUUGAAGUCGGACUCAACCUAAAUUAACAUAUUUCUACAGUGACUGUAAACUAUAUACAUUAUUUUACAUAAUUUGUAUUGCAGCGACUGUAAUUUGUAUAAAUUACGAUUAACUAUUGGAUGGUUUAAUAAAAGAUGAAGUCAAAUGUACAAUUAUAA